CCCAUCUGGACGUGGAGCUGAUGGGAUUUGGUGUCCACGCUCUUGGCUGCACGUCCUAGGCCACGUGCACGUGUCAAUGAGUGGCCACAGAGGUGCUGCACGUAUUGGCUUGAGGUUACAAAUAAACCUUAGCAAGAAGGCAGACUUGCAAAAUACGGACACGCGAAUAACAGGAUUGACUGACAUACAAAUAAAUGUGUGUAUGUAACAAGCGAGGGGGAAAGAUGCUGCCACAGUCUGCCGUCACUGGUCAUGCGUCAGACUUGACCCAUGGCUUCCUGUCAGCUCCUUGUUGCGAAUUUCCCUUCCUCUCAGCUGGGGCCUCCGCUCCUGCAGCUUCUCAGCCUGACGGUGACCUGUGAGUGCUCGGGUCUGCCUUCUCCCUAAGCCUCAGUAUCGGGCGCGUCCUGCAGGGUCGCCUGGGGUCCGAGCAGGCCUGCGGCCUCCCUUGAGGAGCAACAGCCCCCGAUUGGCCCUGUUAUUGGGCUGUUGGUGUCAGUGGCCUCCAGGACACAGAAUGGCCAGUGGCAGUGUCACCUUCCGAUGCACGAGAGCCACCGUGGGGGCCCCUGGGGAGCAUCUCCCCUUUGGGGUCCGAGCUCGCCAAGCGUGAUGGAUGCUCUGUUUCCAGCGCACGAAGACUUUGCUGAAGGAGUACAAGGAGCGGGACAAGUCCAACGUGUUCAUAGACAAGCGCUUCGGCGAGUACAACAGCCACAUCAGCGCGGAGGAGAAGAUGAUGCGGAGGUUCGCUCUGGAGCAGCAGCGACAACAUGAAAAAAGAAACAUCUACAACCUCAACGAAGAUGAAGAAUUAACUCACUACGGCCAGUCCUUGGCCGACAUCGAAAAGCUGAACGACAUUGUCGACAGUGACAGCGACACUGAGGAGCGAGGAACGCUGUCCGCCGAGCUGACGGCGGCCCAUUUUGGAGGCGGAGCGCUCCCUCGUGAGAAGCCCUCCCAGCAGCCAGGCCCGGAGGCAGCGAGACCCAGGUCCCACAAAGAGCUCAUCGAGGAGCUCAUCGCCAAGUCCAAGCAAGAGAAGCGGGAGAGGCAGGCCCAGCGGGAAGAUGCCCUGGAGCUCACGGAGAAGCUGGACCGUGACUGGAGGGAGAUCCAGAGCCUCCUGGCCCGCAGGGCGCCCCAGGCCCAGAGCGGACGCCAGGAGAAACCCCAGCCUGACGCCUACGACCGGGCGGUGCGGGAGCUGGGCUUCGAGAUGAAGGCGCAGCCCUCGGACCGGAUGAAGACGGAGGAGGAGCUGGCCAGGGAGGAGCAGGAGCGGCUCCGGCGCCUGGAGGCAGAGAGGGUGCGGAGGAUGCUGGGGACGAGCGAGGACCAGGACAGCAAGGGGCCUGCACACGUGUCUGCAGACGACUUAAACGACGGAUUCGUGCUGGACAAGGAUGACCGGCGUCUGCUCUCCUACAAAGACGGAAAGAUGAACAUCCAGGAAGCGCAAAGCGGGGAAGCCAGUAACGGUGGGGACGAGGAGGAGGACGAGGAAGAGGAGGAGGAGGGCGAGGAGGAUGCAGAGGACAGCGGCGGCUACGACAGCCACUCAGACCUGGAAUGCAGUGUGGAGAGCGAGGAGGAGAGCGAGCAGCCAGAGCAGGAGCCGCGGCCACCGCCUGGGGGGAGGGCAGCAGGCCGUGGUCAGGAAGCUCGGGACGCCGCCAGGACUGAGCUGCCCUACACGUUUGCAGCUCCCGAGUCCUCUGAGGACCUCAGGUCCCUGCUGGCGGGGAAGCCGGUGGAGGAGCAGCUGCUGGUGGUGGAGCGGAUCCAGAAGUGCCACCACCCCAGCCUCGCCGUGGGGAACAAGGCGAAGUUAGAGAAACUGUUCGGCUUCCUUCUGGAAUACGUGGGCGAACUGGCUACAGAGGACCCACCAGACCUCAGAGUGAUUGACAAGUUGGUUGUGCAGCUGUACAACCUCUGCCAGAUGUUUCCUGAAUCUGCGAGCGAGUCCGUGAGGUUUGUGCUCCGAGACGCCAUGCACGAGAUGGAAGGGACCAUCGAGGCCAAGGGCCGGGCUGCAUUCCCAGGGCUGGACGUGCUCAUUUACUUGAAAAUUGCUGGGAUGCUGUUCCCGACCUCUGACCUCUGGCACCCUGUGGUGACGCCCGCGCUGGUGUGCCUGAGCCAGCUGCUUACCAAGUGCCCCGUGCUGUCCCUCCCGGACGUGGUGAAGGGCCUGUUUGUGUGCUGCGUGUUCCUGGACUACGUGUCCCUGUCGCAGAGGUUCAUACCCGAGCUGGUCAACUUCCUCCUGGGCAUCCUGUACAUAGCAACCCCCAACCAGCCAGGUCCAGGUUACGCUCUGGUGCACCCUUUCCGACCUCUGGGGAGGAACUCGGAGCUGCUCGUGGUGUCUGACGAGGGGGACGCGGCCACAUGGCAGAGGAGAAGCCUGUCCCUCCACUGGGCAAGCGCACGGCACGCCCAGACCGAGACGGAGGCCAACCACACCAGGCUGUCCUGCCUGGCCGUGUGUCUGGCUCUGGUGAAGCGCUGUGUGCUCCUGUACGGUACGCUGCCCGCCUUCCACGACAUCAUGCGGCCCCUCAGAGCCCUCCUGGCGCAGCACCUGGCUGGCAGCAGCCACCCCCACGAGCUGCAGGAGCUGUGUCGGAGUGCACUGGCCGAUAUGGAGGCCCAGGAGAGGCGCUACCAGCCCCUGGUCUGCGAGAGGAGCAAGCCUGUACCCCUGAAGCUGUUCACCCCCCGGCUAGUCAAAGUGCUGGAGUUUGGAAGGAAGCAGGGCAGCACCAAGGAGGAGCAGGAGCGGAAGAGGCUGAUCCACAAGCACCGGCGGGAGUUCAAGGGCGCGGUGCGGGAGAUCCGCAAGGACAACCAGUUCCUGGCCCGGAUGCAGCUCUCGGAGAUCAUGGAACGGGAUGCGGAAAGGAAGCGCAAAGUGAAGCAGCUUUUCAACAGCCUCGCUGAGCAGGAGGGUGAAUGGAAGGCCCUGAAGAGGAAAAAGUUCAAAAAAUAAACAGUUUUUGUCUUAGCAGAGA